UUAAUAGUCGUUCCAGCGAGAGCGUCUCCAGGAUUUUGGCCGGGUUGCCAAACGGACACGAACAAACCAAAUGAAAAGAACAAUGAAUCUUUUGUGGACGACCCCCCCCAGAAAAAUUUUGAAAAUCCGCCACUGACAUGGCGUAUUCUGCCGCGUUUUCCAUCGAAUUCAAGAUUCAUUGUCUUAUAUCGGAAUAGCUUUACACGACGUGCGUAAUACGCGACGUUUUUCGAAACGCGGCGAAAUACGCCGUGUAUAGCCCCAGCCUAAUUCAAAUAUGAACUAUGAAGUCUUUUACAUAUGUAUUUUGGCUGCCACAAAAAUGAUAUUAAUGUAUUAUAGAUGCCACUAAUUCCAAACUUGGAUUCAUUGAUAUUCUCAUUGGAACGGAGAUUUUCUGAUGAAAACCUACCUGCUUUUUCACUUUUAUCGCUACACCCUUCAUAUAUAUUGGAUAUGAAUAUCAAAGAAUUUAAACUUAAAAUAAAUGGUUUUUCCAAUUAUUACCAAAUUAAAGACUUGGAAAGUGAAGCACAAUUAUGGUACAACGUAUGGAAGGAAAAAAACUGACUAAAAGCAAACUAUCAGACAUGGAAAUGAGCGAAAUAAUAGGAAAAACAGAUAUUUUCUUUCCUAAAAUAAAACAAGUCUUGCAAAUGUCUUUAGCUCAGCCAUGUACAACCAGCACAAUUAAGAUGUCAUUCAGUACCUUAAGAAGGGUAAAGACUUGGUUACGUUCAACGAUGACGGAAAAUCGUCUGAAUGGUCUGUGCAUACUAAGUGUGCAUAGAAAGUUUCUUGAUGAAAAAAAGGAAGGGCUGCAAAUUCUAAGCAGAUUUUGAGAAGACUCUAGAUGAUUGUCGUUGUUAUAAUUUAAAAAUAAUAAUAUAAACAAAUACUUUAAAAA